GUGACGGCCGCAGGGGAGGGCGCCGACCUGGGCCUCAAAGCCGACGUGCCCGGCGCCAAGGUGGAAGGGGCCGGCUGGAAGCUGGAAAAGCCCUCCCUGAAAAUGCCCAAAGCUGACAUCAAGGCUCCCAAGGUGGACAUCAGCAUGCCCUCCGUGGACAUCACCCUUCCCAAGGCCAGCGUUGACGUGCAGGCACCCGAGGCGGGCCUCAGCCUGGAAGGGGAAGCAAAAGCCCCAGAGAAGGAGGCCGGCAAGAGCAAGGACGGCAAGUUCAAGAUGCCCAAGUUCGGCAUGCCUUCCUUUGGCUGGUCCAGCAGCAGAGAGGCCAAGGGCAGCGUGGCCGCCGAGGUGGACGUGAGCCUCAAGGAGCCCCAGGUGACCCUGCCCUCGGGAGCGACCGAGGUGGACGUGACCCUACCUCGGGCUGAGGUGCAGGUGCCUACUUUUGAAGUUCCUGUAGAAUCUUUGUCUUCUAAAGAGGACGAGAUGGGGAAAUCUGGAAGUUCUCUGUUUAGAAUGCCUAAGGUUUCUCUUUCCAGAAGUUUCAAGCCUCAUGCAGAAAGUAAGUCCAGAGUUGAUGUUUCAGUGUCAGAAUCUCUUAGUUGUUCUGUUACAGAGGAUGCUCCUGCUGUUCUUUCAGGUAGUUUAAUUUCUAAACCUUUGCCAGAAAUAAAGGGAGACAAUAUAUCUAAAACUUCUAAGUUCAGAAUUCCUAGCUUGGGUUUCUCCAAAGUUGAUUUGAGUUCAUGUGUAAUUGACCCUGAGUCCUCAUUUCAAAAAGAGGACAUUGCACUUACUAAAUACAAGAUUAAUCUAAGAGAAUCUGAAUCAAAAAUACCACCUCUUGCAGAUGAAAAUCUUUCAGAUUUUGAAAUUUUAAAUGAAGAUGGUUCUGUGGAGCAAGAAGGGCUUAAGCCAGAAAGUAAAACAAGAGCUGCUGAAGUAUCUUUUAGUGACACAGAUGUUACUGUUAAAAUUCCUAAAUUCCGAAAACCAAAAUUUGUAAUUCGGUCUAGGGGUAAAGCAUCAGAAAGUGACUUUGGUUUGAAAGUGGAAUCUGAUAUUUCCGAAGGAAGGAUAACAUCUGAUAUAACUGAUCCUGAUACUGGAAAACCAACUCAGAUCUCUGAUGCCAAAUUAGGUGUCAAGGUGCACAAGCCUUCACUUCAAGUUGUUCUGGAUGCACCAACACUGGAUCCCAAUAUCUCACCAAUGGAAGUUACCAUGCCAAAAUUAGAAGGAGAAAUCCAUGACGCAGAUUUAGGCUGCAAGGCAGAACACGAAGUAAUUUCUGGAGAGAAGGAUACUGAGGAGAAAGAAAACAAAUCUAAAUCAUUAAAAUUCAAACUGCCUUCAUUUCGUUGGUCACCAAAGAAAGAAGCUAUUGUCCCGUCUCAGGCUGAGGAACAUCUGGAAGAGCCCCCUUUGUCUACUUUAUCUGGAGACACAGGCUCUGAAUUAACUUUUCCUACUCCUGAGAAUCAAUACGUUCAUGUAGAACUUGAUACGUCUAUAGAAAAAGAUGGUGAAAAGGUUAGAAGUAAGAGGUCCCAAUUUACCAUGCCAAAGAUCUCAUUCCCUAAAAUUAAGGGUCAGAAAGCCCAAGUCUCUCCGCCUGUACAGGGGACUGAUGUUUGUGGUUCCAAACAAGAAAAAGAAGAUAUUUCAAUACAGAAAUCUGAGAAAGAGGUUAGUGGAGAAAGUUCAGGAAUAGGCAUAAAAAUGCCAAAAGUUACGGUCCCAACUUUGGAAUUUUCCAAACCGGAAAUCAAAGCUCCUGAAAUAGACAUGGAUAUUAGCAGGCCUACAGGUGAGGUCAUACUUCCAAUGUGUGAAGAAGAUGAUCUAAAAUUGAAAUCAGCUGCUGCUGAUGCCAGCCUUUCCACCUCAGAUAUUAAGAUGACAGCUGAAGGUUCACUUGAGAUGAAGAGUCCUGACACAAGUGUUGAGAGAACAUCAAGUGAAAUAUCUGUGAGCGAUGUAGAAAUAAAAGCUGAAGGUCCUGAGGGGAAAACAAAAAUGUCUAAAUUCCAAAUGCCAAAGUUAGGAAUUACACUUUCUAAAGGGAAAGGGCCAGAAAAGGAGGUCAGCCAAUCCAAAUCAGAAGUCAAGGUUCCCCAGCUAAAAGCAACAGUAGAAAUAUCUGACAUUGCUGUUGUUGAAGGACCAAACUUGGAGGUGGAAUGUGGCACAGGAAUAGAGACUUACAGCCCUCAAGUCCAAAUGACCAAAAUUGACAGUAAGGCAUUAGAGGUUGAUGUUCACCUCCCUUCAGCUGACAUUUCUAUUCGAAAACCAGACAGUGAUAUUCAGGAUUCAGAUUCAGCACUAAAAAUCAAAGGGGAAAUAAAGCCAGAUGGAGAAGAGAAAGAAGGACAUUUCAGAAUGCCAAAAUUCAAACUUCCAUCCUUCAGUUGGUCACCAAAGAAGGAAGCAAGUGUUAAACUGGAUUCCGGAGCAAACCUGGAAGACCAAAAGCUUGCUGUAAUGUCAAGCAGAAUAGACACAGAAGUGAGAGGAACUGCAGUGGAUGAUGAAGGUAGUGGGACAGCCCUUGAUAUGGAAAUAUCUAUGGGAAAAGUUGAACAAAAAAGUCCAAUUAAAAAGCCUCAAUUUGUCAUGCCUAAAAUUUCACUCUCCAAGAUCAAGGUUCCAAAAUCUCAGUCUCAUUUGUCAAAAGUUGAAGUUGAUGCUACUCUUCUUAAAACAGAAAGAGAGGGUGAUGAUUCAAUUCAGAUACCUGAUAUAGAAAGAAGUCAUUCUGAAAGGACCGAAGAAGGGGCACAAAUAAACAUAAAAGUGGCUGAUGUUAAGUUCCACACUUCAGAAUUUUCCAAAAUAGAAACUGAAACUUCUCAAAGCAAAAUGGAAAUCAGCUCAGCAAAGAUUGAUGCUGCUCUGACUCCCUCAGAGGGGAGUUUUCAACAGGUUGACCUAAAGUCAAGCUCUACCGAGGAAUGUAACGUUCAAAAAACAGGUAUUAAGUUCCCCAAAGGAGAAGUUUCAGUUGAACUGAAGAGCCCUGAUAUAGUAACAGAAAGAUCAUCAGUUGUGGAUGGAAGAAAAGUGAAAUUGGAAGGUCCUGAAGGGAAGAUGAAAAUUCCCAAAUUCCAGAAACCAAAGUUUGGAAUCUCCCUAACAAAAGGGAAAUGCCCAGAGGCAGAGGUCAGCUCUCCAAAACUAGAAGCUGAACAACCUCAGCUAAAAAUAACAAAUGAAAUUGCUGACACUGCUGCGGGAGUUCCAGCAUCAGAACUUUUAUCUGAUAUGUCAGAUCCUGGAGUAGUUGUUUGUGACAUAAAAACACCCCAAGAUCUGACUGGUGGCAUUGAAGCUCCAAAAGUAGACAUAAGCCCCCAGUCAGUGUCUAAACCAAGGACAGAGGGAGCUAUUGAGAGUCUUGAGGACAAAGAAAUCAAAUUAAAAGAAGAACAUGAAAUAAAAGCUGAAGAAGUUCGGACUGAAGAACAUCAGGGAUGGUUUAAAAUGCCAAAAUUCAGAAUACCUGCAUUUGGCAGGACAUCCUUAAAGGAAAAAAAGAGUGAUGCUGAUAUUGAAAGAAGUAUGGAAAAAGCUCAGGUGAGCAUUCCCUCUACAAAAGUACAAACUGAAACAAGUAUUCCCGAAAAUACCUUCUCAUUACCACAUGCAGUUGCUGAAAUCACUAUUGGAAAAGAAAGGAUUAAAAAAUUUGAAGAUUCUGUAAAGAGUUCUGAUGUUAGCUUGUCGAAGAUGGAAGGAGAUAUUUCAUUGUCCACAGAAAGAACAGAUAGUAGAGUGAAUAUUCCAAAAACUGAAACUUACGCAGACAUAGUUAAGCGUGGUGCAGAAGGACAAAAAAUGCAUACUUCAGAAUUCACAGUGUCUGCAGCAGAAUUGCCUAAAUCAUACCUAAGGGCUUCAGAAAUUGACAAAGACAACAGUUUGAUAAGUGAGUUUCCUACAGGUACUCUGACUUAUCAAGAGCAUAAAGUCAAACCACAGGAUAUGGAAGUCCCAAACGUAGAAAGUUCCACUAAGUUAGAGACUUCAGGAGUAGGAUGCAAACCAUCAUCAACUGAAGUUACUCUGGAUGCAACACAGGCGAAAAUAGAUGUCAGUCUUCCAAAGGAAGAGUUAGAUAUUCAAAAUAAAGAGGCAACAAUUAAAAAAGGAAAGAUAAAGGGUGAGGUGAAAAUUAUAGGAAAAGACAGGGAAGAAAGUCAGUUAAAAAGGACUACGUGUGAAUGGUCUACAACAAAGGGAUCAGAAGAUGGUACUUAUGUUACUGCUAAGCUGGAAGAUCUAAAGGUAGAAGUUCCAGGAGUGAAGACGAAUGUUAAAAUUACUAGAGUAGAUCCUGAAAUGAAAUUUCAAGUGAAAAGUGUUGAAAAGGAUGUGUCUGCAGGAGUGGAAGUGCAAGUAGAAGAUGGAGCAGAAACAAGUAAAACUAAAGCAUACAAGUUUAAGAUUCCGAAGUUUGGAAUGUUUCAUUCAGAAAUCAAGGGUUUUGAAGAUGAUAUCAAUGGGACAAAGUCAGAAGCUGAGUCAGUAUAUAAAAGUGGUAUAGGCACAGCAGAAAUGCAGUUACAAAAACCAGAAGGAUCUAUUGGCCUGAAAAGUCCAGCUCUAGAUUAUAUGGAAGCAUCUACCAGAAUAAUAGGGGAAACAGUGGACCAGUCACAACAUGGCCCAGAAGUAAUCGUAAGAAUUCCCAAACUAAAAAUACCAAGAUUCACUUUUAAAACUCUCCCAAUUGAAGCUGAUGUUUUAGCAUCAAAAGUGGUAACAGAUCCAAAGGGAUCUAGUGCUGAUAUUGAGGUAGUGCAACUGGGAGCAAGCUCUGCUAUCUCUGAUGAAACACCAGGGGCUCUAGAAGCGAGUAUUCAAAAAGCAAAAAGCAAAAUUCUGACACUGACUGAACCUGACAUUAAAACAGCACAAAUGACAACUACCAUAGAGUCCUCCCUU